ACGCACUUCACGAAGUGUCAUUUAUAAAGAUCAGAGCGACAUAUCUUGAUAGUCUACUGUGUAUUCUCAUAAAACGAUGUCCGGUAACAUGGCUAACUACAAUUCAAAUCCAGUAGAGUACGCUUCUUCUGACGAGUGGCAAGCAUGCAAUGUACAGGAUGUAAUAAACGAUUUUGUUGAAGACCUAAGAAAUAUAUCUGGGAAAUGUAUGGAUGUUGGUUGCGGUCCUGGAAAUAUAACACGUAAUGUUAUCUUGCCAAAUCUUCAUCCGAAUGCGGUAAUAAUUGGUACGGACAUUUCCGCGACCAUGAUUGAAUAUGCGAAAAAAGCAUACAGUGACAAUAAACGCCUCGAAUUCGAAAUAUUGGAUAUUGAAACUAAAAGUCUGCCUGAAAAGUACAUUUCUAAGCUUGAUCAUAUAUUUUCAUUUCACACCUUGCAAUGGUGCAAUGACAUCAGAAAAGCUUUUGAGAAUAUGUACCGUAUGCUUAAACCCGGUGGAACUAUCCUCGUACAAUUUAUAGCAAAUAAUACUGCAUUAGAAACCAUUAAGAAGCUAACGCAGGAUGUCCGUUUUGCACCUUACGUGAAGAAGAGAUAUACAUUUCCAUUUUCUAAUUCAAUACGACCCCAAGAAGAGCUAAAACAAUUACUUAAAGAUAUCGGAUUUAGCGUGGAACAUUGCAGUCUUUGUGAAGUAGACAGUUCCAACAUGAAUCUGGACAUGUAUUUAUCUUCGAUAAUGUCUAUUUUUCCCUUUUUGGAUGCAAUGCCUCGUGAUAAAAAGAAAGAAUUUAAGGUUGAAUAUCCACGUGAAUAUAAGAAAAUUAACAAAAUUAAAUACGGUGUUAAACAAUGUAGUGGUAAAGAAGAAUCCAUGUUAAAUUUACAUACACUUUUGAUAGUUUAUGCAAAAAAAUACUAAUUAUCCUGUGCAAUGUAAAUAAUUAUAUAUUAUAUUACAUUAAUAAUACUAAUUAUAUUAUAUUACAUUAAUAAAUACUAAUUGUAUUAUAUUACAUUAAAGCUUACGGAGUUAAAAAAAAAUUAUUCUUUAUCUACAAUUAGAUUGAUUGCGCCGAGGUAUCUCGAGUAGAAGCCUCGUAUUUCCGUGCCAGGGGGCACGGAAUUUGUCUGGGUCUCUAGGUCGCGAAUUAUACCGAGCACGAGCUUUUCCUUACUGCUGAGCGAAGAUAAGGAAUCUGCCUUGUGGCGCGGUCACAACAGCAUUCUUUCUCCGCAACUGCGAACGCGAAUAGAAUAUGAUGCGAUUUGGUUUGGGUGUAUGCGUCGAGAGACUCUUUCACUUCGAUAUAAUCGUUAUGUCCAAACACAACUGUGCGAUUUGCACACUGCAUUUUCGUAUUCCUCGUGUGAUAUGCGACGUAUCACGCGUGUUACCGAUAGGGAGAUAGAAGAUGCACACAUACAUCCUGAAAAUAGAUUUGUGAAAGUCGAGUAGAUUCGCCGUGCAAUAUUUUGCAUUCUAAGUGCACGGUAGAAGAUAUUGAACGCUUCCGGAGACACGUGAUACCCGAGGGUCAUGGGCAUAAUGGGCAGAUGAGAGGGCAUCUCUUGAUAAAUAUACUGUAUUACGUAUAUCGUGUAUUUGAAAGGUUUGGAAAUGACAAACUAUGUAAAUAUCAAAGAGUUUUGAAUAGAUCUAAAAAGUACGCGGACUCAGUUACGGGGGAAAAUUCUCUUUGGAGAUCUUCGAAAUAAAAUGCUAAUUAAAUUAAAUAAAUUAGGAUGCAC